AUGGCCCCGAUUUCAACGGCCGUCUUGUUGCUGAUAGUUAGUACAGGUGAACUAGGAGCUGGUGGUUCGAGAAAGUUUCGCACUGAAUUCCUCCAGGAGUGGCCAACGCCGGGAACUGGGCCUUAUUUUGAUACAACCGUUCCUACCAACAUCACGGGACUGGUCGGCAAAACGGUUCUGCUGAACUGCAAGGUGAAAAACCUCGGCAAUCGCACGGUUUCCUGGGUGCGGCACCGGGACAUUCACCUGCUGACGGUCGGGCGCUACACCUACACCAGCGACCAGCGCUUCGAAGCCAUGCACUCGCCGCACACGGAAGAGUGGACACUCCGGAUACGGUACGCCCAGCGCAAGGAUUCCGGCACCUACGAGUGUCAAAUAUCGACCACACCACCGAUCGGACACUUUGUCUAUCUCACGAUAGUGGAACCAGUGACAGAGAUUAACGGUGGCCCUGAUUUAUUUAUCAAUAAAGGCUCAACGAUCAAUCUCACCUGCAUCGUUAAGUAUUCCCCCGAGCCACCGCCGGCCGUCGUGUGGAAGCACAAUCGUGAUGACAUUAAUUUCGACUCGCCCCGGGGAGGCAUUUCGCUCGUCACCGAAAAGGGCAUCCUGACGACCAGCCGUCUGUUGGUGCAGAAGGCCAUCGCCAGCGACUCGGGCCAGUACACCUGCGAGCCGUCGAACGCCAAUCCGGCAUCCGUGCGGGUGCACAUACUAAAUGGAGAACACCCCGCGGCAAUGCAUCACGGCAUCUCGACCAUCCUCUCCGGGCCCAGCCUGGUGGCGUUCGUCCUGUCGACGAUUCUGCUCUUCUACCACCACAGCAUCCGAUGGAAGGAUUUUCGGCUGACAUAG